UGAUAAUUCCAAUUGAAUUUCUUUCUUCGUUAUUGAAUUUUAUUAUUUUGAUUUGUUUCUAUGAAUUGCAAAUGCUUUUACAAAAACAACGUAGUGCUAACACAAUAAUGUUUUAGUAAUAAACACCAAUUAAGUACUUCAAAAUGUACGCUGCUGUUAGUAAAAAGAAAAACAUUGUAGCUAAAAUAGCUACGAAAAGUAGUCCCUGUGCAUUUUGUGGACGAGAAGUCGACGAUGAGGCAAAAUAUGGAAAGCUGUAUGUAAUUGGGGACUUAUACUGCCACUAUUUUUGUGCGCUGCUGUCCUGCUGUCUGAUACAAAAAGGCCAAGAUAGUGAUGGUCUUUUCGGAUUCCUCUAUGGGGACAUUCUAGCAGAAAUUGCUAGGAGUAAGAAACAUAAAUGUUCGUUCUGUGGCUGCGAUGGGGCAAACCUGGGAUGUACAGUCAGCCAGUGUAAGAAGCAGUUCCAUCUUCCAUGCGGGAGGGAGCGACAGGCUGUGUCUAUGUUCUAUGGGAACUACAAGAGUUACUGUGCAAAACAUGCUCCAAAACAGAAAAUAUCAGAUACAGUUAUGGAAAAAGUGAGACAGAGAAUGUCUAAGAGAAGACUGCAAAAUCUGACCAAGGCGCCCAGUAGAACUGCUAAAGAUAGUAGCAUGAGUGAAGAAGACGUCACAGAGCUGGCGUGUGUGAUCUGCUAUGAAGCAGUAGAAGGCUGUCCAAGUGUUGACACCUUCUGGCCUCCGUGCUGCGGACGUGAUGCAUGGUUUCACAGAAGUUGUUUAGAGAGGAUGUGUUUGAGUGCGGGCGUGCACUACCUGAAGUGUCCCCUGUGUAACGACAAGGACAGGUUCGGGGAGGCGGUGCUGCAGCAGGGAUACUACAUACCUGAUAGGGACGCGGCCUGGGAGUUGGAACAGAAUGCGUUCUCGGAGAUCUACAACACAACAUACAGCUGCGGGCUACAGGACUGUCGGUGUCCCAACGGCAGGAACCAUGAUGCUGAGGCUGGGCCCUGGGACAUCAACCUGUGUGUGCUGUGCGGGAGCGCGGGGGCGCACGCUCGGUGCCGCGGCGCGGACGAGGGGGAGGCGAAGCCCUACGUGUGUCCAACGUGCACCCCGAGCGCCACGUCAGCUCCAGAAUUGAUACAGGCACUGCAUGAAUUGGCGCUGCAGGAGCAGUCGGCGGCGGAGUCGGAGCGCGUGGUGCGGCCGCUGAUGCCGAGCCGCAUGUCGCUGCGAAGGACUAAAGGCAGGCCAUCAACUAGUUGCAACAAUGCAAAUAAUAGUGAAGUUAAAAAAGAAGUAAGCAACACAGAAAUAAGUCGCCUAGACCUGAAUUUGAAGACGCCAAAACGGUGCCUCCCGGAGCCUGAAACUGUUAAGACAGAGAACAAACUACUUUCACCGAUGAAGCAGCUCGGGCUAUACGAUCGUAUAUCUAAGCUUGAAAUUGACACUCUCAACGCUGACGACGUGGUCGAGAGGAUACGGGAGAAGCUAAAAGUGCCGCAGCCUCUAGCCGUCAAGAAGAAGAUUGUCAUGGCUAUAUUAGAAGACUUAAUGAAUACUACUUACAAGGAUAAAUUAAAAAUGAAAGAACCACUGAGGGAAUGGAUAUCACCAAAAAAAUGCUUAGAUAUUAUACAAGAGGAAGUCAAAAUAGCGGAGGUCGAGCCUAAUAAAGAGAACAAGACAGAAUCCAUCGCGGACACAAAUCCAGAUUCAGAAACAAAAAUUAACGAAAGUGUCCCGGACUCGCCGAAAUUGAAAACAAUAGAAAUAGAAAGAGACUCGUCGAUGGAGAUAUCCAAAGACAAUGAUACUGUUAACAUAGACGUCGUCACCAGAGAAGAGUCUAAGACGACGUCGACUAGCCCUUUAAAGAUAAGCUUUCUCAAACUAAGUCCUAAUAACAAAGACAGGUCUAACAAAUUAAAUGUAGACAUUGAUAUUGAGAGUUUCAAAAUGCAGUACCUCAGUGAAACCAGCCAAGUCAACAGUCGCAAGAGAAAACUAAGCGAUGCAGAUACAAAAAUUGACUCGCAAUCUCAAAAGGAAGCCAAAAGAAGGAAACACAAGGAAAAGAAAAGAAAACGUGACAACGAAGAGAAAAGAAUAAAGAUAAAAUUACUUUUUCAAAAGCGGAGCUGUGUAAAAGAGGAAGCGCAAAAAAAAGAUAAGUUACUAAAGGAAAGAUCGAAGUUGAAUAAAAAGAGAAAUAAGGAUAAAGUCAAGAUAAAAUUGAAAUUUAAGGAGCAGAAGCAAGCAGAAGAAAAAAAGACGGAAAAAUCCAAAACAAAUAAAAAUGUCAAGGAAAACGUAAAGAUUAAACUUAAAUUCACUAAAGAUAGUAUUGAAGUAGACAAUAGAGAGGCUAGUUCAAAGAAAAGCAAGAAAUUGAAGAAAUAUAAAUCUAAGGUAGAUAAAGAUAAGGAGAAGAAACAUAACACUGAGAGAAAAGAGGAAAAGGAAACCCUGAAGGAAAGUCCGAAAGUUAUGAAGCAAUAUCAGCUAAAUUACUUCGAAAAUAAAAACACAACACCUAUAGUCAAACCGCUGAACGAAGUCAUGUUAAAAAGAAAGUAUGUGAAGAAAGAAAAAGGCUCUGACAAUCUCAAACAGACGUCGCUAGAUAAUUUCUUUUCAUUGAACUCUCCGAACCUCACUUCUCCGAAAGAUGGUAAAAUGUAAGAAAUAUAUUGCAGCUUAAUUGAGUACACUAUGGAGUAGUAAUGUAAUGUCAUAUUAUAUUUCCUCAAAAGAAGUCAAAAGGAAGGAUAAUGAAAUUGGCACUAAAUAAUAUUAAAAAUGU